GGAAGCACUUGAUUGUUGGCGCGUCCGCAUUUUCAACGUCCGGCCGCAGAGGGGAGACGAGAAGAUGUCUGGGCGCGUACGGAAUUGGAUGCGGGAGAGGGGGCGCGGCUUCCCGCGCCGGAGAGCCGCAGGCCUGUGCAACUUCAACAAAGUACUGCGGUUCUAUUGGAAAAAGGGGAGGGUCGGAUGGCGGACCGUGACAACGAAGAGUGGCGCCAGCGGCUACAUGGCCAACAGGAAAAAAAGCAGUGUUGAUACCCCCAACAGCCACAAUUUUUUUGCCCCCCCAAAAAGUGCGCUGUCAAAAAUGAUGCGAUUUGCCGAUUUUUCCGCCCUAAUCGGGUGGUGUCGCUCUUCUUGCAGCGACAUCUCGGUGUCGCUCUUCUUGCAGCGGCAUCUUGGUAAGUUUUAAGAUGCUUAAUGUUGUUGUACCUAUAACAAUUUUCGCCUGCUUUUCCACCAUCUUUAUCGACAGCAGAGCUCAAAAUCACAAAUACGUAGAAAUCGCGUAAGAUGUAUUGUAGCUCGACCGGUAGAAGUUAUUGGGGUCAGUCAGUCUCUCCCGGCGGUGUCAUCUUCAUCUGCUCUUUCAAGAUUUCAAUAGCUGAAUUUGUAUUAUUUACACGAUCGCGGCCACUUAUAAUUUUCGACGUUUUUACGGGUUUAGUAUGUUGUUAUGAUCGCUGCUUUGCUUCUAGUUGUGUAGUAAUGAAAGGCGGGGAACGCUGGCCAAGAACUGGGGUGGCUCCGUCUUGACUUCUAUAUGCAAGUUUACUAUCGAGGAACUGAAAUGCUGUUUUAAGAAUAUCUCUCAACUUACGACGUAGAUUUACAAUAGGAUCUGAUGCCCACAUCUUCAGCCCACAUUUCUUGUUACACACCUGUCAAAAGUUUGGAAAUGAUUUUUAGAGACCAUGGAGUUGUUUGGGAUUAACAUGUUCUAGCUGCUCGUCCUUCUGUUAGCGAGGUUCUAGCAGCUAUAGCUUUGUUUUUAAUGCUGAUUGAUGUCACAGUAUCAAGUGCAAUUUCGUUGGAAAUUGUACACAAAAAACCAAAGUUAG